CUUUUCCUGAGUGAGUGAUGUCUCAACUGGGAAAAAGGAUGCACGAACUUAUAAAGCCUUUGUCGUGGUUGUUAGGGAAAUGGCGAGGUGAAGUUGGCAAAGGCAAAUAUCCAACCAUUACAGACUUUACCUAUGUAGAAGAAUUGGAAUUCGUGCAUGUUGGGCAGCCUAAUAUUCAGUUUUCGGCAUAUUCUUGGCAUCCAGAGACAAACAAACCAUUGCACAGGGAGGUUGGUUUCAUUCGUCGCAAACCAGACUCUGAUAAAAUAGCCUUCAUUAUUGCGCACAAUCUUGGUGUAUGUGAAAUAGAAGAAGGGACAUUCACAGAGUCUGAAAUAAAAGUUGAAUCUCAAAGUCUCGGUCGAUUAACUUUUGGUUCUGACCCUGCAACAAAAAAGGUGUGCAGACACUUCAAAAGAGAUGGUGAUACUUUAGAACAAAUACUUUAUAUGGAAACAGUUAACACACCAAUGACUGAACAUCUAAGAAUAACAUACAAAAAGGUUUAAGUCACAUGACUUACCCAUCUUCAAUCAGGUUGAUAUGUUGUUGAUUCCAUUGCAUUUAAUUUGCGUAUUUGUUUUUUGUUGUUUGUAUGUUUAAUAUCUUAAUAUUCAAUAUUAAAAAAAUAAAAUAUAUCAUUCGCCUGUGA